GCAGGAGCCGGCCCGCCGGGGAUGCGACCCCCGGGACUGCAGCGGGCUCCGCGCGGGUACUACAGUCUACUUGGCUCUGGUGCUGUGGCCUGGCAAAGGGACUGAGGGAGGGGCAAUGUUGAGCAUUUAGAUAGUUUUACACUCUGCAGGACCUCCAACAAGGAACUGUGAGAAUACUGUGGAGAAAAUGUACAGCAGUCGAGAAGAUAUUCAAGAAGAUGACUCAAAAGAUAAUAAGAAGACGAUUAAACCUAAUUCAAACAUUGAUGGUGGAUGGGCCUGGAUGAUUGUCCUUUCUUCUUUCCUUGUGCAUAUACUCAUCAUGGGGUCACAAAUGGCCCUUGGCAUACUCAACAUGGAAUGGCUGGAAGAAUUCAGUCAAAGUCGAGGACUGACUGCAUGGGUUAGCUCCCUUAGCAUGGGUAUCACAUUGAUUGUAGGUCCUUUUAUUGGUUUAUUCAUUAACACUUGUGGGUGUCGGAAGACAGCAAUAAUUGGAGGGAUAGUGAAUGCCACUGGCUGGAUAUUGAGUGCCUAUGCCUCAAAUGUGCAUUACCUCUUCAUUACAUUUGGAGUGACAGCUGGUCUUGGGAGUGGCAUGGUUUAUCUACCCGCAGUAGUCAUGGUAGGACAGUAUUUUCAGAAGAAGAGAGCGCUUGCUCAGGGGCUCAGUACCACAGGAACAGGAUUUGGAACAUUCCUAAUGACUGUUUUACUGAAGUAUCUGUGCAUGGAAUUCGGAUGGAGGAAUGCAAUGUUCAUCCAGGGUGCGAUCUCUCUGAACCUGUGUGUCUGUGGAGCCCUCAUGAGGCCACUUUCUUACCAGGAUGAAGCUAAUGAAAAGGUUACUGAGAGAAACAGUAGUGAAGACAAUUAUGCAAAAGCUCUGUCCCCCCCUGCAGAGACUAUAAAAUCUAAUGGGGUAUUAAAUGAAGAGCCUGAAAAAAAAGAAGGGCUAACUAAUGAUGAAGUGUUUGACACUGUUCAAACAAUAGAGAGCAAAGGUAAAAUCAGACAUACAAAGAAUAUAUAUGCUCUUUGCAUUCUUAAGACAAUGAGCCGUCUGACCCUUAUAAUCAGAAAGGGGUUUGUAACAUGGUACUCUAGUUACUUUGGAGCUGCAUCACUCUUUACCAAUAGAAUGUUUGUAGCCUUUGUAUUUUGGGCAUUGUUUGCAUACAGUAGCUUUGUUAUUCCUUUUAUUCAUCUUCCAGAAAUAGUUAAACAGUACAACUUAUCCAUGCAGAAUGAUAUAUUUCCUUUAACCUCGAUUGUAGCCAUAGUUCAUAUUUUUGGUAAGGUGACCCUUGGAUUCAUCUCUGAUUUACCCUGCAUCAGUGUUUGGAAUGUCUUCAUGACAGCUAAUUUCUCCCUUGUUGCUUGCAUUCUUAUUUUGCCACUAAUACAUACAUAUGCUGGCUUGGCUGUGGUUUGUGCUCUGAUAGGAUUUUCCAGUGGGUAUUUUUCUUUAAUGCCUGUUGUGACUGAAGAUCUAGUGGGGACUAAGCACCUUGCAAAUGCUUAUGGCAUCAUCAUUUGUGCCAAUGGGAUAUCUGCACUGCUGGGACCACCAUUUGCAGGUUGGAUCUAUGACAUCACGCAAAAAUAUGAUUUUUCCUUUUAUAUAUGUGGCAUGCUUUACUUGGUGGGCAUAAUAUUUUUACUGAUUCAACCUUGUAUUCAAAAGAAAGAACCAAGAGAAAAACACACGGAAAAUGCACAAGUAUAGUGCACGUUAUAGAGUAUUUCACAAGAAUGUUUUGGUUUUGCAUUUCUUUUAUAUAGCAAUAUAACUUGUUUCUCUGAUGGGACCAACUGCAUUGAGAGCACCAGAGUGAAUACCGAAUGAGAUUCAAAGUCCUGAUAUUAAAUAUUAGUGGAAAUGUGCUUAUAAAAGCAACUUUACUGUCUCACUUAGGAUUUUUGGCAUCAGAACUCUUAACAAAUGUGGAGGUUAUGAGCUUUCCACAUGCAAUAUUAUUAUUUUUAGAUUUGAUCAGUAGUUGAUUCUCUUCUCACUUAGACCAGUUUUACCCUGUUGAAACUUCACUGACUGCAAUGCAGUUACUCCUGAUUUACAUUGGCAUGAGAAGAGAAUCAAGCCAAGAUAUGAAUAAUUUAUUAAAAUGUUUCCUACUCCAUAUUCCGGCUGAUAAGAAUUUAUGUACUGCGCAGAAGCAAAUGGCUACAUUUCUGACCCAGCUACCCAAAUGAAUCACUAAAAGUCUGAUAUAAUAAUUCAGGAUUUCAGAUAAUUUAACAUAUUUAAAAGACUGGUUUGUUGUGUAAAACUGAAAGAUUUCUUACUUUUUUCUGAAAGGUUCUCCAGUUUAAGGAUUUUUUAAAGUUUUAAUUGCAGGACAAAAAAGCCAUUCUCAGUCCAUGGGAGAAAUUAUAAAUAAGAUACUUAAAAUACUCUGGAGGCCAAAUGACACUGAAUUAAAAAACCACAAACAUAAAAACAAAGAACAGGAGCAAGGAGGGGUGGAGGUGGGGGAAGAGGGAACGGGAAGAAUAGUAGUACGGUUCUUUAACUGAAAGGAUAAACAUCAGAACUAGAUGAUCUGUUGCAAAACCUUCCUAGAACAGUUAGCACUUUCAUGUGGAAUACUCAGUUGAGUAUUUAUUUUUGAUUUACGCUAUUGAAAUUGAGAAGAAUAUCUAGCCCUAUUUAUGAGAGGUCUAGUUCUAAUUUUGCUUACACAGAUUUCACAUCUGGAUCUAUACAGGACCAGGCCCAAUGGGUGCAGACAGAAGUGCACCUCCCUGCUAUAACUUAAAAUGAUUUUUGCAAAGUGUUGAGUUACGUUACCCCAGACCACACAGAAGUUCAUUAUUGGUUCCAGGGAAGAGGGGAAUCUAGCUGCGGCUGG